AUCUCCAAUUUGUUCAAUGUUGGUCGCAAAACCUCGUAUUCAAACGUCCUUUUUUUCUCUUCUCUUUUUUCUCUUCUUUUUUCUACUACGCCUACGCCGUAUGUACUAAGGGAGAUAACGAUGGGAUAUGGAGAUGCUAUGAUAUCCAUCAAACUAAACCAAUGGCCGCGUCGUCACUCGUAUUGGCAUGCCUACAUACACACCUCGUGGUCCUCAUCAUAGUAGAUGAUCAUACUUCGUACAUGUAAGAACCACUAUCAAAGCAGAUUCCCUCCUCAGAGUCUCUACAUAUGUCUAUUACUAGUAGUAUAUCCAAACAUCAAAACAAAUACUCCGCCGCAAACGCCAGCCCCUGCCUCACCACCAUCCUGAUCUCCUCGGGCAUAUCCAGCGUCUCGGCGCGACCAAAACUAGCCCAAACCAUCUCGUCGUGGUCGCGCGACUGGAUCCGCAGGUCGUCGUGGCUCUUCACCAGCACCGCGUAGUUGAGCUGCAGACACUCCUUGCGCAGCACCAGCUGCGGACUAUGUACCGGCGAGGGGCGCGCAGCGGCGGCAGUGGCAUCCCACGAGGAGGAGGAUGAUAGCACGCUUGUGCCUACACCUCCUCCUAUGCUCCCUCUCCCUCUUUCUCGAUCUCGUUCCCGUUCUCUUUCCCUUUCCCUCCCACCCCAGCUCCCACCCCCGC